AAAGCGCGCCGGGGGGCGGGGGGGGGGCGGUAACGGUGCGGUGGGCGCGGGGGCCGGGAGCGGGGCGGGGCGGCAUGGCGCACAAGCAGAUCUACUACUCGGAUAAGUACGAUGAUGAGGAGUUCGAGUACCGGCACGUGGUGUUGCCGAAGGAGCUGGCGCGGCUGGUGCCGAGGACCCACCUGCUGUCGGAGUCGGAAUGGCGGAAUCUCGGGGUGCAGCAGAGCCAGGGCUGGGUGCACUACAUGGUCCACGAGCCAGAGCCUCACAUCCUGCUCUUCCGCCGUCCGCUGCCCAAGAAACCGGAGAAGUGAGUGGCCUCUGGAACAACGGAACCUCCAGGACAGCACCUUCCACCGUUUCCUCCUGCCUGGUGUUCCCGGGAGGGUCCCCGGUGCCGGGAGGCUCUUCCUGAAUGCCGAAGCUUCAAUAAAAGGAUGUUUGUGAGUUGCUGGUUGC